AUUCGUCCAACCCCAACCUGAGGGCCCACCCCCUCCUCUGAUGCUGCAGACCAAGGCUGAAACCUCUGUCUAUCGAUCAUUGCACAUGUCAUUCGCUGUAGGAAGUGGACUGGUGUCUGAGACAGAUCUUUAAACACAGUAACAGUUAACGACAGUUAAACACGUGCAUUAACGUUAUGCCGCUCCGGGUAGUAGUGCAGGGGCCUGGACCCUGGGGAUUCAGGCUGGUUGGGGGAAAGGACUUCGAGCAGCCACUGACUAUUUCCCGGGUCACCCCUGGGAGUAAAGCUGCCAAGGCCAACCUGUGUAUUGGAGACAUGAUCUUGGCUAUUGACGGAGAACCAACAGAGAGCAUGACUCACUUGGAGGCGCAGAACAAGAUCAAGGGGUGCAUAGAGGAGAUGGUGCUCUCCGUAGACAGAUCAGAAACUAAAAUGUGGUCGCCACUUUCAACUGAGGAAGGGAGGACACACCCGUACAAGAUGAAUCUUGCAUCAGAGCCAAAGGAGGUGAGCCACAUAGGCUCGACCCACAACAGGAGUGCUCUGCCGUUCGCUGGUUUUGGCCCCAAAGUUGUGACCAACCAGUACAACAGCCCCUCUGGUCUCUACUCUUCAGAGAACAUCAAGGACUUUAACUCGACUGUGGACGAAGUCAAAACCAUCGCUACAGCUAAUGAGGCCAACAACAAAGCGCCAUCCGAUCCAUCGGGCAAGAGGCCGCCUGUAGCAGCAGAUUCCGAGGUUUACAAGAUGCUGCAGGAGAACCAAGAGUCCGACGAGCCUCCCCGACAGUCGGCUUCAUUCAAAGUGCUUCAGGAGAUCCUUGAGACGGGUGACCCUGAUAAACCGUCCGGGUUCAGGAGUGUGAAGGCGCCCUCAACAAAGAUUGGAUCAUCAGUGGGGAACACGGAGAAGUUGCCCUCCUGUGACAAAUGUGGAUCUGGGAUUGUGGGGCUGGUGGUGAAGCUGAGGGACAAGUUCCGUCACCCCGAGUGCUACACCUGUACAGAAUGUGACGUCAACCUAAAACAGAAGGGACAUUUCUUUGUGGAGGACCAGAUUUAUUGUGAGAAGCACGCACGCGAGCGAGUGACUCCUCCCGAGGGCUACGACGUGGUCACCGUCUUCCCCAAGUAGAGCGCUCGCCGAGCUCCGCGUCGGACUGCACGCCAGUAUAGGACAAAUGACAUAAUCCAAGACAUUCCAACAUUCAGCUCAUGCUACUCCCAAGACUAUCAAAUGGUCUUCUCUGGUAUUAUGCUUCAGUACAGUCACUGGUAGGCAGGACGGUAAACAACUACAUCUUUGAAAAUGUUGAUUUGCACAUUAACUUUGGCAUCUACGAAAUGAAAAUCGAUAUGAGAUAAAGGCAUUUAAUUGUUUUUCUCUCCCUAAAGAAAAAAAAUCAGUUUUAAUGACAGCCACUGUGUUUAAGUAAUAUUUGUCUUUGUACAUGUACUGUAUGUCCUUUUGAAUCAUGGAAACAAUGAAAACCACUUUUCAACCCAGGAGACGUGUUUUCUACAUUUUUUUAAUUAAAUAAAUAAAUAAACUUUUAUGCAGCAAAAAAACACUCAAACCAUUUUGAAUAUCACCAAAUAAAUAUUUUUACCUUAAA